AGGGGCGGCGGCCUGCACCGAGGAGAGAAGGAGGCGGAGGAGGAGGGGGCGGGCUUCCCGGAGGCGCCGGCGGCACCGUGGGGACUCCCUCCCGCCCUGCCUCCCUCCCUCCGAGCCCCGUCAGAGCAGUCUCCCAGCUGAAGCCCGUGGUAAGAGCUAGUUGUUUGUCAUCAAGUCUUACUGGAGAAGAUAAGGACAUUUCAACAAAGAUCCCUGGUCUCAUGAACGAAUCAACAGAUCUCGGGGAUGCUAACUUUCUGGAGCCAGUCCUGCGGCUCAGGAAGGGACAUAUACCAGAUCCUGCUGAGCAGGAAAAUCAUGCCAGUGAUCAGUCAAGCGAGCAGGGGUCUCUCUUAGUGGAGCCAACUACAUCUUCUCAAAAUGAAAAGCAUUCUAAUAAGGAUGAAGGCAACAGUCCAACACAGGAAGAUGAGGGCUUUAUGGCGAGACUGCCACUUCUCCAAGCACACCAUGCCAUGGAAAGAAUGGAAGAGUUUGUAUUUAAGGUAUGGGAGGGUCGGUGGCGUGUUAUUCCCUUUGACGUCUUGCCUGAUUGGCUAAAGGAUAAUGACUACCUGUUACAUGGGCAUCGACCACCCAUGCCCUCUUUCCGGGCUUGCUUCAAAAGCAUAUUCAGAAUACAUACAGAGACUGGCAACAUCUGGACACACCUACUAGGUUGUGUUUUCUUUCUGUGUCUGGGAAUCUUCUACAUGUUCCGGCCAAACAUGACUUUUGUAGCACCUUUGCAAGAGAAGGUGGUGGUUGGAGUGUUCUUCUUGGGAGCCAUCCUCUGCCUCUCCUUCUCAUGGCUGUUUCACACAGUUUACUGCCAUUCAGAAGGUGUCUCGAGGGUCUUCUCCAAGUUAGACUAUUCUGGCAUUGCUCUCCUCAUUAUGGGCAGCUUUGUUCCAUGGCUGUAUUACUCAUUCUACUGCAACCCUCAGCCCUAUUUUAUCUACUUGAUUGUGAUCUGUGUUCUGGGCAUCGCAGCCAUUAUAGUUUCCCAGUGGGACAGAUUUGCUACACCUCAGUACCGAGGAUUUCGAGCAGGCGUGUUUCUGGCUCUGGGCCUUAGUGGGGUCAUCCCCACCCUGCAUUUUGUCAUCUCGGAAGGGCUCCUUAAGGCUGCCACAAUGGGGCAGAUAGGGUGGCUGGCACUCAUGGCCUGCCUCUAUAUCACUGGCGCUGCACUGUAUGCUGCUCGUAUCCCGGAGAGAUUCUUCCCGGGGAAGUGUGACAUCUGGUUCCAUUCCCAUCAGCUCUUCCAUGUGUUUGUAGUGGCUGGUGCGUUUGUGCACUUCCAUGGUGUUUCCAACCUUCAGGAGUUCCGUUUCACCGUUGGGGGAGGCUGCUCAGAAGAUGAGAUGCUCUAGAACUGGUCCUGUGUCAAGCAUCAUAACCAAAAGAGAACAGUGGGAACAGUGAGGCAACGCCUUGCCUGGAGUGGUGUGGUAGCUUUUGUGGGAAAUUGAACUAUAAAAUGGAAGAGAAUUCAUACCUCAAGCAUUGGAGUGAAUUGAUUCUGAAAAUCUGGAAAUUCUUAAACGCUUAACUUAUUCUUUGGAUCUACAGCCUAAGCUACAGAAAGUCCUUUCUUCAGCAGCUUCCAUUCAAUGCCAUAUUUAUUUGUAGAAAACAAAAGAGGUUGUUAUGGGGAGGUGGCUUAGUGAUUUUUUUUCAUUUAAAAGAAAUCUAGCUUAAGACUUGUAUCUUGUUCAGGUAAGUUGAUUUUUAGAUAAUCUUUUGGGAGACAAAAUGUAUAUAAGAUUUCUAACUUUCUGUUGAAUUGAAAAGUUUAUAUAAAUGUUUUAAAAAUUGGGGGAGGGGAGAAGAGAGGGUUUUGUAUAGAUUACAACAUGCAAUUGCCACACACUGUUUCAAUUUUGCACUGACUUUUUAAGUGCAAGAAGGCCAGGUGAAACCCCUGUAGGGUCAGCAUCAGGAUCCGUAGGUUCCCUCUAGUGCUGGUAUAUAUAGGGCAGCUUACCCCAAUAGGUUUUGUUUACACACAGGGUUGGGAGCAAAUGGACACUUAACCAUUUAAUUAGGCUGCUUUUGGGGCCUCUGUGUGUUCAGAAGGCAAAGGCAGAGGAGGCACUGGGCAUCUGAACUCAUUCCCUUUGCAGGCAGAUUUUCUGGGACCUUUGUUUUUGUGUGUGUGUGUGGAAUAUUGUUAGGUCGUCUUUCUUUCAACAGUCAUUUCCUGCUUUGAGUUUCAGUGUGGUAUAUAUCCUGACCUCGUGGGAGGGUUGGUUGUCGGUGUUUCACCAGAGCCUGCUGUUCCCUUUAUCCAAGUGCAAUUGUGAGGGUCAGGCACCUUCCUUCUAGGUGAGCAAGUAAGAAAUUGUCUCAAAGGGCCCAGAGGAAUAUACCAGAAAGGAGAUGUGUGCUUGAAGGAAGAGGACUGGUUGGCUGUUAAACCUGUUUUGGAUUAUUGUAUGUGCUGCUGAAUUACAAUAGCACUAAGGUUGCCUGUAUUAAAUCCACAUAACUCCAUUUGCCCCCAGUGUAACAUUGUCAUUCCUCCUCUCCCUUUUGGUAUCAAGGACGGCCCUGUGCACUUCUUUUUAACAAAAAUAAAAUUAAAAAGCCCACAGAAGUAUUCUUGGAUGUAAAAAGAUUUUGUCUUUGUUAAAAUACUACACAAAGCCUACAUGAUUUUUGUUAGUUCCUUCCCGUUUUUCUCUGAAAGCUUCACUAAGGUCAGAAGUACAUCUAUGAAGAGAAUUAUUUAUUAAGCAAUACUCAGUCAGGCAAGUGAGAAAUGUAGUUAUUACUUCUUGCUGGGACUGAUGUGGCCUGUUGGAUUUGAAAACAAGCUUUGAGGCAAAACAUAGAGUAUGGGUUUAUCUCAUGCUAAGGACAACUGCUUUUGUUCAUAGUAGAAAAGGUAUCAAGAUAUUUUUUUUUCAUUUGUAAGAUGGUAGAAUUGGUCACAUUUUAAUACUACUUGGGAUCAUCACAGCAAAAGUCUUUCAGUCCCUUCUGGAAUGGAUUCUUCUAACUUUACUCCCUCCAAAUAGACUUUUUGAAAUCUUUAGACCUACAAGAGGUGCUUAAUUGGUGCUUGUAGGCAACUUCUCUGUGUGUGUGUGUGUGUGUGUGUUCUAGGUAGGAUCACAAUGUUGAAUGCAUAGACCAGAAUGGUACUCAAAUAUGUUGGGGCUUUUUCUCCCCAAAUAAAAAAAAAGAACAGUAUUAAUUGAAACUCUUCCGUAAAAUGGAGUGCAGUGAUGAUUGAAACCUCUCAAAGGGCUUAUGCAGCCAGUUUGCAGAAGGAUGGCUUACAUAAUGAGGGAUGUUAGUUGAAUACAUAUCAGACCCAAACCUACCUGUCUGAAAAGCACUUUUUCACGUGUGUGCGUGUGAGGGGGAGUACCUCUGUAUGUACCAGCAAAAGCUGCAUCUCUUUAUUCUGGAUCUUCUCAUGUUCACUCUUAUAAAGGGGGUUUUAUAGCCUGGUCUGACAGCACAUAACAUGUACAAAAACACAACACCCCACUUGCUGUUCUCAAUCCUCAUUGGUUUCUGUUUAGGACAUUUUGUAUCCCUAUUUUUGAAAAAAAUAAUGCUUAGCUGUGCACUUUUAUGGGUGCUUGCUGAGACUUCUUCCCAGGUUGGCACCUGACUGCCUUAUUCUCAGCAGCUGGAGGUUGGCUUGCUUUCUGUUUCUGUGUGUGCAGGUUUUCAGCAUAAUAUAGUUGAGAUUUUCAGCUCCCCCCAUUAACUAGUGGCCUUGUUCAGUAUUUUGUUUUUUAAAAAUUGCUUACUGUUGGAGGCAACAAAGCACAUCUUGGACUCUGAAGAUUGGGGUCUCCAGGCAAUGGGAUCUCAUUCCUUGUUGUAUUAUUGACUUCUAAUAAAAAGAAGAAAUGCAA